GUCUUUGUGUAUAAAAGAUACAUAAUACUAUAUUUGUUAGCUACAUAAUAAUAUAUUGCUUAUAUAAGAAAUGGUUUAUAUUGUAUAAAGUAAAUAUGGGUAAAGUCUCAGGAAAAAUUAGCAGGAUUUUUUAUCCUCCUGGAGUGACUCAUCUUAAUUCAACUGUUGCAACAGCACUUUUUCUUAUUCUGUUUUCAACUCAACUCACCUUAACUACACCCUUUUCUUAUUUACCUGCUAUGGUUGCUAGUUUUGGAUAUAAUGAAAAAGAGAGAGGAUAUUAUGCUGGUAUGAUUGCCUCUUCAUUGUUUGUUGGGCGCUUUCUUGGAGGUUAUUUCUGGGGUUGGUUGACAGAUAAGAUUGGACGCCGCCCUGUUUUACUUAUUUCAGCUUUAUUAACAUAUGUUGCUACACUAGCCUUUGGUUUUACCACUGGUAUCUAUUGGGCAAUUGUUACAAGAUUUUUACAGGGCUUAUUUAAUGGAGUCAUAGUAGUAGGAAGAGCAGCAUUUGCUGAAAUAUGUGACAGCACAAAUCAAGCAAUAGGUGUCUCCCUUGUGUUUGCUGCUUGGAACUCUGCAAUUGUAAUGGGGCCUGCCUUUGGAGGUUUUCUUGCUACACCAGUGAUCAAGUACCCAAAUGUUUUUAAAGGUGUAUCUAAAAGAUUUUUUACAAAGUUUGCAUUCUUGUUACCAAGCGCAUUAAUCUCUAUCAUUCUGAUGCUGUCCAUUAUAUUGAUUUUUUUCAAAUUCGAUGAAACUAUCAAAAGGGCAGACUUGUUAGAUGACACAAAGAUGCAGGAAUCUCAAGGUCUUUUAUCUGAAGAAAUGACUGAGAUUAAUAGUUUGAAUAAAAAAAAAGUUGAAAAAAGUCAAACUGAUCAAAAAUGUUGUAAUAUAAAAAAAUGGUCGAUUGUGGAGCUCUGCAGUGACAAAUAUGUGGUGUUGAUUAUUAUCAUGUUUGGCAUAUCAGGAUUUUGCAUUAUUGGUUUUUCAGAACUUUCAGCAUUAUGGAUGGCUACAAGCUUAAACUAUGGUGGUCUAUCUUUUGAUACUGAUAAAAUUGGUAUUGCAUUAUUGGUACCUGCUGUUUUAUCAGUUGUACUACAGCCUAUUCUAUUUUCAAGGCUUGAAAGACGAUUUGGUGGCAUUUUGACACUACAAGCUACAAUUUUAAUUCUUGUUGCAACUACAGCUAUGUUUCCAUUCAUUCGAAUUUUUCAUUCAAAUAAAGGCAUUAUGUGGUUUUUAUUGAUAUUUGUUGGUUUACUUCGUAUGAUUGCUGACAUUAGCAGCCGAUCGUGCAUUGCACUUUUUAUAAAUAAUUCUGUGUACUCUGACCAAGUGGGACGAGUAAACGGUUUAGCGUUCUCUGUCCAAGAAAUUAUGAGAGUGGCUUCACCAACUAUGUUUGGUAGUUUAUUUGCAUGGUCUAUCAAUGAUAUUUAUCAUCAAGUUAAAUUUCCUAUUGACUAUCGACUUGCAUUUUUUGCUAUAGCUUUUUUUACUUUAAUAAUACUUUUGCUUUCCUUUUUACUUCCUAAAAGUAUUAACGGACCAAAAGCGCCACCGACGUCUUCAACGGAAGUUAUAGAUAGAUCUUAAUUUUUUCAAAAUGCAUAAUCUUUAUUUAAUGUUAUAUAAAUAUGAAAAACAUCUUUUAUAU